AUGAACCAAUGCAAGCCAGCUGCUGGAAGUCAAGCUGUUAUACUUUAUACAGGACUAUAUCUUGUUGCAUUAGGAACAAGUGGUAUUAAAGCGGCGUUACCAGCCUUAGGAGCUGAUCAAUUCGAUGAUAAAGAUCCAAAGGAAGCAUCUCAAUUAUCAAGUUUUUUUAACUGGUUUUUGUUUAGUCUUACAACAGGAGCAAUAGUUGGUGUUACUAUCAUUGUUUGGAUUAGUACUAAUCAAGGAUGGUAUUUGAGUUUUACUGUCUGCACUAUUGCAGUCUUGUUCUCAAUUCUGUCUAUUUGCAUGGGAAAAUCAUUAUACAGAAAUAAUAUUCCUAAGGGAAGUCCUCUAAUUAGAAUCAUGCAGGUGUUUGUGGCAUCUUUCAAAAACAGAAAACUCCAAAUUCCAGAAAAUGAAGAUGAAAUGCAUGAGAUUCAUGAAAAAGAAAGAGGAGAAAAUUAUGAAAUACUUACAAGGACAGAACAAUUCAGAUUCUUGGAUAGAGCAGCAAUUGGUAAAAACAGUACAGGAUCACGGAACUAUAGAAGAAAAUAUACUCUUUGGAAGUAUAAAAGACAAAGCAAAAGCUAUAGUAACACUUUUAGAUCAGAGUGUAGGAUCAUGCCUCGUAUUAGCAUUUGGGUAUACUUUGCUCCAGGAUCUAUUCAGCUGGAGAAACAUAAUGGGUAUUUUGUUAGCCAUGGUUGGGAUGAUUCUAUAUUCUUACUAUUGUAA